CGCCCCUCCGCGGUUGCACGUGUGGUGCGCUAGGGUAGGCGAGGGUUAUUUUUUCCCUCCUUCCCAGGGCCAGGGGAGGAGGCGACCGCCUCUCGGCUAACUGGCCGAAGCCGGAGAGGAGGAGGUGAUUUAAUAUGCUGACAUUCACCUAGCUGAAGAUUAACUCAGGGCAUAACUCGGUGCGCGAGUGCCCGGGCUGUCACAUGCGGCCGCCCAUUUACAUUCAGGGACCAGCCGCCGCAGGAGCAGCAGCAGCUUUCAAUAGGAUGGUCCAGAGCUUUUCCUGAUUGGUCUGGAAGCCCACGGGAAAGCCUAGCGUUUGCCGCAACGAUAGUAGAGGAAGGAGCAUUUGGGUGGAAACAGAUGGAAAUGAGAAAAUCCGCGGGGUAAACAAGCCGGAUAUUUAUCAUGAGAGUGCUCGGGGAGCUGCUCUUUUCUCAUUCGCUGCCCAGCCUUUGGAUUUAAGAUCAUGUCCAUUCACAUUGUUGCGUUAGGAAAUGAAGGAGAUGGCUUUCCCGAGGACAAUCGUCAGUCAGGUCUGAUCUGGACGUAUCUAGGGAGAAGUGCUCUCGUUUCAGAGACAGAAAGCAGCUUGUUGCUGAACUCUGAUGCCAGCUCGAUUGCAUAUCCUGUAUUUACUGAAUAUCAAGCCUGUGUGUUUGGAAAUGUCAGACUGGUGGUACAUGAUUGUCCCGUCUGGGGCAUUUUCGACAGUGAUUGGUAUACCUCUCGAAAUCUUAUUGUUGGGGCCGACAUCAUUGUAAUCAAAUACUCUGUAAAUGACAAGUCUUCAUUUCAAGAAGUAAAGGAUAGUUAUAUUCCAGUGAUAAAAAGAACAUUAAACCAUUGUUCAGUGCCAGUAAUAAUUUCUGCUGUUGGCGUCAGACAAAAUGAAGAAUUACCCUGUACUUGCCCACUGUGUACCUCAGACAGAGGGAACUGCGUCACUUCUUCUGAAGGGAUCCAACUUGCUAAAGAACUAGGAGCCACCUACCUUGAGCUGCACAGCCUCAAUGACUUCUAUGUUGGGAAAUAUUUUGGAGGCGUGUUGGAGUAUUUUAUGAUUCAAACCUUGAAUCAAAAGUCAUCUGAAAAAAUGAAGAAAAGAAAAAAAAGCAGCAAGUGUCAUGGAGUUAGGCCACCUCAGCUUGAACAACCAGAAAAAAUGCCUGUCUUAAAGGGUGAAGCAUCACACUAUAACUCUGACUUACACAACCUGUUGUUCUGCUGCCAGUGUGUGGAUGUGGUAUUUUAUACUGAAGAUCUAAAGGAAGUUGUAGAAGCCCAUAAGAUCGUCCUUUGUUCUGUAAGCAAUGUCUUCAUGCUGCUGUUUAAUGUGAAGAGUCCUGCAGACAUUCAGGACUCCACCGUGAUACGCACUGCCCAAGAUCUCUUUGCUGUGAACAGUGAGACGACGUUUCCAGUUGCUAGCCAAGGCCCACCGUGCAACCCACCAGUAAGAGUCAUUGUUAAAGACUCUCUCUUCUGUUCUUGCUUAUCAGACAUUCUGCACUUCAUUUAUUCAGGUGCCUUUCAAUGGGAAGAGUUGGAAGAAGAUGUAAAGAAGAAGUUGAAAGACCCCAGUGAUGUUUUAGGUGUAAUUGAGAAGGUUAAAUGUAUAUUGAAAACACCAGGGAAGGUGAAUUGCCUGAAGAAUUGCAGAUCCUAUCAGGCCAAAAGACCCCUAUGGCUUUAUAAUACGUCUCUCAGGUUUUUCUUUAAUACACCCAUGCUUGCUGAUGUUAUCUUCAAAAUCCAAGGAUCUACUGUGCCAGCCCACAGAGCUGUCCUGGUGGCUCGUUGUAAGGUGAUGGCUGCUAUGUUUAAUGGCAAUUACCUUGAAGCCAAUAGUGUGCUGGUUCCAGUUUAUGGUGUUUCCAAAGAGACUUUUCUUUCCUUUCUAGAGUACCUAUAUACAGAUUCCUGCUGCCCAGCCAGCAUUCUGCAAGCUAUGUCUCUCUUGAUUUGUGCUGAGAUGUACCAAGUAUCUCGACUUCAGCACAUCUGUGAGCUUUACAUCAUUACGCAACUACAGAGUAUGCCCAGUAGGGAAUUGGCGACGACAAGCCUCAGUGUUGUGGGCCUCCUUAAAAAAGCUAAGUUUCACAACUCUGAUUGCCUUUCAACCUGGCUCCUUCAUUUUAUUGCCACUAACUACCUCAUCUUCAGCCAAAAGCCAGAUUUUCAGGAUCUUUCAGCAGAGGAACGCAGUUUUGUUGAGAUGCACAGAUGGCCAUCCAACAUAUAUUUGAAGCAACUUGCAGAAUACAGGAAGUAUGUUCACUCCCGGAAAUGUCGUUGCAUAGUAAUGUAACUCGAAGAUUGUAUUUCUGUUUGAUUGUGAAGACUGGAAGAUCUGUGGGCACCAGUAAAAUUCUAGUGAGGACUGAAACUGAUACUCAUAUGUUCAACAAACAACCAUAUGGUACAGUGUGUGCUUGUUAGUUCUCUUUGAGAUAACUACUCCUGGGGUCUUAAAAGGGAUCCAGAUACACUGUAGGCUAGAAUAAGGUUUUAUCUCAGCCUAGAAAGCUGCUGUGCAGCCCCUUCUUUUAAAAUGCUCUGUUGCUUCCAUAAUAUUGUGAACUUCUGGUAAGAAAUGUUUAAAUUAAUUUAGUUUUUGUAAAACCAAUGGCAUAGUAUUAGUAAACAUAAAUUCCAUUAUUUCUAGUGGUCAUGUUAAAAUAGGGGACACCGAAAAACUCUUUGUGGCUAUUUCUAUAAUGGUAAAUUUCAUCAACCUCUGCCACCUUCCAGAUGUGGGGCUGCCUUAAGAGCUGCCCCAGUGGUGUAAACAUAUACCUAAGAUUUUGAAAGUGAAAUGCCACUUGUAUUCACAUUUGUGUCAAGUGAGCCAUCUUGAAGGGAUCUCCUUCUAGGUUUUUCUUCUCAUCUACCCAACUUUUCUCUAACCCCUUCACCAAUUCUUUGGGCCUCUGGUGCUUCCAACUAGAUUCCUGAUGGAGCAGGGAAUGUAGCACUAUCUUUUGCUCAAAUAUUCUCUUUGUCAGAAGAAUCAUUCCAGUGAUAUUAAAGGAAAGGAAGGGGGCAUGCUGGAGGGAAGUUUGCAUGAUAGGAGAAUUACUUGACUUUUGGUAAGGUGCCACCUUCCAGGGUCCUGCUCUGCCAGAGCAGUCCACGCCCACCUUUGGCAGGUAAGUAUGGGAGUACAGUGACCUGUCAAAGUUUUACAAUUUCAUUUUCUUGUGUGUGCAAAUGACCAUAUGAUAUAUGGCCACAUGUGUGAUGUUGAUCAAAACAACUAAUACUGGGAAGGUAAAGGUAAAGGUAAAGACAUUUACAGGCAAAGGUACUUCCUAACGUUUUCACUAAUAAACACUCAAGGGAUUUUUUAAAAUUGUAAAUAAUCUUCUGAGUUUGAGAUAUGACUGGGCCCUUAUCUAUCUGUAGCUCAGCACCAGGGCUCUGGUGACUAGCAUCUUUCUUUAAAAAGAACCUAAGCAACAUUGUGUGGCUGACUUUAAAUGACUAUGUGAAGAGUAUUGUUAAGACCUUUUCACAAGAGUAUGCAGAAAAACCAAAUAGUUCCAAGAAAGGGAUGCAAGUUACAGGGAAGACUUGGGACCCAUAUCCACUGAAACUAGUGGUAGGAAGGAAGGAAGAUGUACUGUUUCACUUCUAUAUUAAAUGUAAUAAUGGAAGUAUAUUGAUAAAGCCCACAAGUUUGAAAGGAUCCAGAUUGCUUUAUAUUGGUGGGCACAUUUCUUUUCUAUCUCCUACAAUCUUUCUUUUAGCUUCUUUGUCUACAAAUCAAGAAGAGACCUUUGAACCCCUGUCAAGGAAAGUUUGAGUAUAAAAUUUAGCAAAAUGGCAAAAAUCCAUCCCUCGGAUGCACAGGAUGUACAGUCUCCCAGCAGACAUCUAGCCAGAAACUUGAUCUCAGCUGGGCAAUGCCUGGGGAAAUGAUGGGGGACACCUUUUGGGGUCAUUUUUUCAUUGAAAUCCUGCAAGUUAAUCAGCCAUUGAUAAAUUAGGUUUUGCAAGGAUUUAUUUAGAAAUGUAGAUUAUAAUUCUUUUUAGGUAAGAACAGCAUUUCAUUCUUCAUAAGCAUUUUCUUCUCCAUCAUAGAAAUGUCAUCAUUUUAAAUUCUAAGUCAAUGACUUUAAACUUAAGAAAAUAAAAAUUGUGUAUGUAGGUUAACAGACAAAAUAAAAUUGUUGUUGGAAAAUCUUACUAUUUAAAUUGAACAGAAACAUCUGGGUAAUUAGUAUUUGAUCCAAAGCAGAAAGUUGGACUUGGAAGUGGAUUGUUGGUGUUGAGCAUGGGUUUUGUUAUGCAAAUACUUUACCAUCACCUUAUUUGGCUAUGAUUCAGAAAUGCAGAUGUGAUAUCAGUAACCAAUUCAGUUUUUAAUUAGUCUGCAUAUAAGCUUCAAAUCCCUUUGGGACUGUUUCAGAUGAAAAUUUUGGAAGUUCUUAAAAGGUUGGGAAUAAAGCACAAGAAAAUGUAUUUGAAAAUGCCUGUAAAGUAUCUUGGAGGAAAUGAGGGUUAUUCAAAGUAAGUUCUAGCUUGUGUGCUUGUGUACAUGUAUGCAUGUGUUUGUGUGUAUGACAGAAUUAUCUAGUUAAAUAGGUGCUUUGAGCUAAUCUCUGCUUCUCUUAGGAUAUAUUUAACAACCAUUUUAAUUAGAGAAGAUAAUACUGUAUACAGUAAGACUGAGGUCUUUUCUUUCUGGUCCAGACCUAUUCUGUUUAAUUCUUUGUGCACUCCUAACUACGUUGUGUCCAUACAGUGAGGAGAUUAGACUUGAAAUACAGAAUUUUUAGUAACAGCAUCUGAAUACAUCAGCAUAAGAUACUUGAUCCUAACCAGCAGGGUGACUUUGUAUUGGAAUUGGAAGAUGUUUGAAGAAUGCAGUAGUUUUACCUUCCGGGUCAGAUUUAACAUUUCAGUUGUAGCUAAAUACAUACACACUGAACUCAUAGUAUAUUAGGUUAAAAUGUUUUAAAAGAGUUAUUUUUAUUUCAUUAAGGCAUGCAUUGAAUUUAAACUUUUAAUAAUUUCACAAACAGAAGGGUAUGUUUGUCUUUUAAUAUAGCCUGGCUUGGAUUUAUAUGUUUUUAGCUUUAGUAUUUAACAUUUUGUAACAAAUAAACUUUUUUAAAAAAACAAA